ACUACUUGAAGCAGGAGGAACCCCCUUGUCCUGGUUGAAAAAACUCUUGAGCGCUAUAGCUGGUGUGUACCUUGAAGGUGGUUUUAUUUAGGAGUCAAAAAUGGAGUCAACAUAUCUUCAAAAGUGCCUGGGGACAUGCCUAACUCAAGGUCUCGCUGAAGUGGCAAGAGUUCGCCCAUUGGAUCCAAUAGAAUAUUUAGCCUUGUGGAUUUAUAAGUACAAGGAAAAUGUGAACAUGGAGCAAUUGAGACAGAAAGAGAUGAUUGAAUUGGAGCAUGAGAGAGAGUUAGCACUGAUGGAGCAGGAAAUGCUGGAGCGACUGAAAGCCGAGGAACUCUUAUUUCAGCAGCAGCAGCUGGCAUUCCAGCUGGAGUUGGAAAUGCAAGAAAAAGAGAAACAGAAGACAGAAGAACUCCAGAAAGCUCAAGAACAGUUAAACAAGGAGAUGAGCGCGGACAACAUGGUUAGGGGUGAGGAGACCAUACAGUCAGAGGAAUCAGCAACAGACUCAGGCAAAACCCUAGCUGAAAUCAGUGAUCGCUAUGGGGCACCUAACUUGAGCAGAGUGGAAGAGCUUGAUGAACCAAUGUUAUCUGAUGUUGCAUUAAACAUUGAUCAAGAUUUGUAGGGCCAACCAACUGUGAAGAAUUAUUUUCUACCUGUUUCAAACUUCAAAUCACAAGGACCCUAAUAUGUAUUUUCCCCCUCCAAACUUGAACUCUACUCCCCUCUCCCACUCACUAACUUUAUAAAUGGGAUUCAAAGGUAUCCUUAAAUACAGUUUAGAUUUCUCAGUA